AUGACUGAACCUCAAGAAACUGCUAACUCUGUAGACAAGUGCAAUGAUAGUUCUGAGAGCACUGAAGGUAAUGCACCCUCUGCAACUACGCCUCAAGCAAGUGACCAACUCACAACUUCUGAGGCGUUCGUUGAUGCCCCUACCUCUGUUUCUACGACUUCUAGUACCGUUGGCGUUAAAAUUGAGCCAUCGAUAGCUGCUUUGGAUUUACUUGCUGCACCACCAAGUGACGCACAUCGUUUUAAGUGUAUAUUUUGCCCGCGUUGGUUUACCCAGUUUCACCACCUUAGCAAGCACGCACGGGCGCUCCAUCCGGAAUCUGCUGAUGCUGUUACUAAUGCGGCAAUCAAUGCUGUCGAGGCAAAUGGAGGAAAGGUUACUCGCACAUGGUCCUGUCCCGUUUGUUGGAGAGAGUUUGGGAAAUUGGCAAAUCUACGAAUUCACUCUAGGACUCACACUGGUGAGAGGCCGUAUGGGUGCAUAGUCUGUAGUCGGCGUUUUACUCAGCUUUCUAGUCUUCGAACACACCAACGCAUGCACUCCGGAGAUAGGCGGCAUCGAUGUCCCGUUUGCGCAAAAGAAUUUCUAACAUCUAGUAAUCUCAGAAGCCAUAUGCGGACGCAUACUGGAGAGCGUCCUUAUACAUGCAAUGUAUGUGGUCGUCAAUUUGGAGACCAUUCUGGGAUGAAACGGCACGAGAAAACUCACAACAAAAACUGUUCAGGCAUUCCCAUUGAAGCGAAUCUCUUAAAUGGCUCAAAAGCUACCACCUCUAAUAUAUCCCUGCUCUCCGUUGUCCCAAGCGUAUCUAUGACGAGUGCUCUUCCUACUAUUUCUCACGAUGGAUCAAUGUCACUAUCUCUUCCUCUUACCAAAGUAGCUAAUAAGCCAGAAGAGACCACUCUCAUUAAUAUGCCUUCCAUCAUCGGCCAGGACAUCAAAGAUACGAUAACUCUUUCGAGCGGUGACGCUAUCAAGCUUUCCUCUAUCCCUGGUCAUGGUGGUCAUUUAAUGUCCCCGCAUCACAUUAACGUUAUUGGGGCGCCAAUGAAUCAAGGCAACCAACAAUGCAUAACCCUCACUUCAGUCCCAAAUUCGCUAUCCUCACAGACUUUAAUCAAAACCUCUGGCGGGACGGCUAUCCUUCCAGAAAACACAGUCAUAGUUACGAGCAUGGCUGGUGGAGCUAACCCUUUGCAUGGCGCCGUUGUCUCCCAACACGCCCAAUGCUUGCCGUUUAUUCCGAUAAUGUCGACAUGUGCCGUAAAUCAAACCUUGCAAACACCAAUUUCAUCUGUUGCACUCGCAAAUUCAAACACAUCCUCCACAGUCUCUGUUCUAUCCACAGGUGCAAACUGUGCACAACGGAACAUUCCUGUCAAAGUCGGUCCUAUCAGUGUAUUUUCCCACACGAUUCCUGGUGUAAAUGUUUCCGCAAGCAACCAACCCCGGCAACUGACCAUAUCAACGCAACCUCACCACAAAGGCGGUACGAUCCAAGAGGUUGUACAAGUUGGGAAUAGUAUGUUUGCCACUGGGGCGACUCAUGCAAUCAGCGCACAAAUGGGCUCCAUUCCGAGUAGUCUACUCCAAUCACCUGGACAGCAUGGCACCCACCUUCUCGGUGCUCCCCCUGGCAUGCCUUUUACUAUCACCCAAUCCAACAUGUCAAUGAUGCCUUCACAAUUAGUCGGUCCCGGCUUCGCCACCGGCAUGCCUACACAGGUCCAGUUCGUUUCGAACCCUGGCGCCAACCACGGUAUACUUGAGCCCAUUACCCAGUCCCAACUUCUUGCCUCUCCGCCUAUGGCCACUGCGACUGGCCCUGGCGGAGUAGCUAUAGCGAGCGUCAGUGGCCUGGGGGGUCAGAUUACGUACCAGCAUGUGAACCCAAACCACUCACAACUUGCAUCCCCACUUCAUUCUGUCGAUGCGAUCGCGCACAUUACACCGAUGUCCAGCUCACCGCCAAGCCUACCAACGUGCUCAACCAACAGCCUCAACCCCUCCGCUACAUCUAUCGGAACGACACUAACCCAAGCCGUGAGCCCGCAGAUAGCGGGCAUGUCUAUCAGCCUACCGGCCUUCGCGACGCAAUCCUCCCAGUCUGGACUGCCCUCCUUAGGCACAGUCUCGAUGGCCACCCCCCAUCAGGCACAGAUCUUCGCAACGGCCGCACAGCAGCAGCUCAUCGAAGCAGCCGGAGGACCAAGAGGACAAAGCGUGUCUCUGGUGGUUUUCCCCGACCAAAUAAAAUCGGGCUCCCCAUGCUAA